AGUGACGUGGCGCUUCCGGCGCGCGGGCGGCGGCGGGACGCGGUGGGUGCGGGCGGGACCCCCGGCGCGGCGGGGCACAGACGGGUCCCCAGGACAGCCUGGGCCUAGCGGUACCCUCCGGGCCUGGCAGGGCGACACCCCGGCUGGGACCCUCGGGCCUGCCAGGCCUCUCCUCCCCCCCGAGCGGCGCCGCCGCCCCGGAUAAAGCCCCACCGGCGGUUCGGCACCCCCCGCUUGGACCGUGCCGCUUCCCCGGGGGGGCCGGGCUCGGGGCCGACUGCGGGACCAGCCGGGACGGCUUGGCCCGACGGCGCUGCGCUCCCCUCGGCGGGACCGGGCCGUCACCUCCGAGCCUCGCGAUCGCCGAGCGCUGCCAGCCCCGGCCCCGGUAACGGAGGGGAAGCCCCUGCGGUGCGGGAGUCUCUGUCCCUUCGCCCCUUGCGCGGCGGCGGCAGCAGCGGGGGUCAUUUCACGGCCCAACGUGACCACGAAGCAGCCGCGGGGGUCCCCGCUGGGCACGGGGGCUCGGUGGCAAGAGAGCUGGGCUGAGCGGGGGCAUCGCGGCUGCUCCAGCCCCCUCCGGAGAUGGAGCCACCGGCCACCGCCUUCAUCCAAGGGCUGGGGGACGAGGUGACGGUGAUGGCCAGCGUGGUGGCGCUGGUCUUGGCGCUGGUCCUGGCGUGGCUGUCUACCUACGUCGCUGACAGCAGCGGCCAGCUUUUGGGAACGAUCGUCACGGCGGGGGAUGCGGCAGUCAUCCGGCUUGGCCACAUGGAGCGGUACGUGGGGACAGCGGGGGCAGCCGAGGCCCCAGAACCCCCCAGGGUCCCUGAAAACACAGAGGAGAAAACAGAAGAGGAAGCAGGGGCGGCCUCAGGGCUGGCAGCAGAGCAGGGGGGCAGCGGCAGCCCCCCCGACCCUGGCCUGGAGCCGCUGCUGGACAUCCGGAGCUCGCCCAAACAGACCUCGGCCGCUGAGCCCAGCACCCUGGGCAGCCGGGGGGGGCCGCCCACCCCAGGGGGGAGCGACCUGUGCCCUGGCUUCAUCAAGAUCCGGCUCAAAUUCCUUAAUGACACAGAGGAGGUAGCUGUGGUCCGGCCCGAGGACACCGUGGGGGUUCUCAAGAGCAAAUAUUUCCCAGGACAGGAGAGCCAGAUGAAGUUCAUCUACCGCGGGCAGCUGCUGCAGGACCAGGGGCAGACGCUGCGCUCGCUCCACAUCACAGACAACUGCGUUAUCCACUGCCACCGCUCCUGCAGCACCGCCACCGCCCUGCCUGACCCCAGCACCACUGCCCCUGAUGCCAGCAGCCUCCCCCUGGGCACGGGGAACCUGAUGGUCCCCACAGUCAUGGUGGUGCUGGCAAUUAUCUGGUAUUUCCGCAUCAACUACCGGCAGCUCUUCACUGCACCGGCCACAGUCUCCUUGAUUGGUGUCACCGUCCUGUUCAGCUUCCUGGUGUUUGGGAUGUACGGACAGUAGGGACUCGAUGCGGGGCAGGAGCUGGCCCCGUCCCUGUGGGAGCGCAGUGCUCCUAUCAGCGCCACUUUCUUCAGCCGGUGCGGUAGCAGUUGGGUGCCUCCUUCCCAGUCUUGGUGCUGGACUUUGCCCCCCAGAAGGGGCUGUGGCCCCCCCCAGAUGCUCUCCUCCUCCUCCCCUCCACCACCCCCACCCCCCCCACCCCCCCCGACCACGGCUUCAAGCACAGCUCCGGGGAGGAGCUGCCCCUGGGGCAGGGUCUCUGCCUGGUUGAAUGGCAAAGCAGGUAUGAGCCCAGGGCCCCACACCGGAACAGGCUGUGGCUUCCUCCCAGAGACUUUUUAAAGCAAAUAAAAGGUGUAAGUCAG